CCACCUCUCACUCUCAGCUAUCACUUCACUUCACUUCACUCUGAGCUAGGCUAAUUUUACUCCAACGGGUCGAACGAGGGGAAUAGCCAAGCCGCAUUCCAAAUCCACCACGCCGCCCGGCGCUAGGCCUUCCAUUUCUUCCUCCUCGACGCCGGCUGCCGCGCGCGCCACCACUUUCCAGAUCUGCCGGGGAGGACCAUGCUCGGUCGCUCGCUCGCCUGCCCGAGGCGAGGUACGAUGGCCCCUUCUCCUCCACCUCCUCGGGUGCCUGCGUCAGCCACCACCAUCGACGGCCUCGACGACGGCACCAUCGGUGAGAUCUUGCUCCGCCUCCCUUCCUCGGCGUCCUUAGCGCGCGCCGUGCUCGCCUGCCGCCGCUGGGGCCGUAUCGCCUCCUCUGUCCUCUCCGGCUUCCGCGACCGCCACCCGUCGUCGCCUUUCAUGGGCAUCUUCGUCUCGGAUGGGGGCCACGAGUCUUUGCCGCGGCCCUUCUUCCUCCCAGCAUGCUCCGAUGUCCCCGGGAGCGACAUCGACGCCCACCGGGACAUCGCCGCCGUCACACGCAAGGGUGACUUCACGCUCGCAAGGCUCGACAAUGGCCACCGGUGGCGCCUCCGGGACUGCCGCAAUGGCGUCCUACUCCUCUCCCGGGACAACCAUAGUUCCCUGUGGGUCUACAGCCCACUCUCCGGGGGCCAGCCCGUGCCGAUUCAGCCCCGUCCGGAUGAUGCCAACGUUGAGGGGGAGUUUUUGGCACACUGCUUGCUCGACGGCACAGUGCCGCAAUGUGGCCAGCGGUUAGCCGUCGACUGCUUCCGUGUGGUAUCCGUGCAGCAGCGCCGCCAUCGCCGGGAGUUCCGAGCUGUGGAGUACGACUCCGGCACUCGCGAGUGGAAGCGCCACCCGUGGGCUAGUCCUCCGUUGGGGAAUGGUAAGCUGCCGAAAUGGGGCUUGAUGCCAAUGUAUGCCGCGAGCCGCAUAUUCUGGCAGUAUGAUGACGCUUCCCUGCUCGUGCUCAAUACACGCGUCAUGGUUUUCUCGCUGUGCCAUCUCCCAUGGAAGACAAUCUCUCAAGGGUAUUCGAUAGGAGAGAUCGAGGAUGGCACAGGCUCCGUUCAAGAAAAAAAGGAUGGCAAGGGCUACCUCGUGUGCCUUCAAGGCCUGGUUGGCUGGGCCGCCAUCCCUAGGUUGCAAGUUUGGGAACUUGAUGCCGAUAAUGCGUUGCUCGAGUUCAACUUCAAGGAGGAAGUCCCCAUGAUCAAAGUGCUUGGCAUACCUUAUUCUACCAGAGUGUGUGAUGUCUGCACGGUGACCAAUGGGCUAGCGGUACUGACCUACCGCCGCGGCCCUCACUGGGUGGUGGACUUGCAGAAGAUGAGCCUGCUGGCCAAGUUUCAGUUUUCUGGAUGGGGUUACCCAUACCAAAUGUCAUGGCCACCAACUACCAAUUCAGGAUCCACACCUCCUCCAGAAGAUACAGGCAUAGACCUGGAUGAUGGCAGUGCUAUGAUUCAGCCUGUGGAGACGGUUAUUUCUUCAGAUAAUUCUGAAACAACGCUGGGGCACCUGGAUGAGCAAAUGCCUUCACCAUCAAGAUAUGGGAGCAUGGCCCCGGCCUCUGCAUCAAUCGAUGCACACAGCUGCAGUAAUUCUCUUGUGGUUGAGUCUGAGAUAAUCUCCACAACCAUGGUGCGGAAAAAUAAUCCGACAGAUCAGUGUCAGAAGAGUUCAAUCGGGCAGCUGGCAACAACAGAACAUAAGCCUCUGAACAAAGAUGCAUCGAACUGUCCACAGCAGGGUGACCUUCCUAGGAGACCAAGAAGGAAGGAAGCAGCUCAUCCCAUGGGUGCUAGGACUCGCUCAAGUCAUGUUGUCCAAUGCCGGAACAGUUCAAUGGGGCGGCCGGCAACAACGGAGAAGCCUCUAUGCAAAAGAAACAAUUUGGUCAGAGUAGACAACCUGACAGAUGAAGAGCCUGGUGGCCAGAGGAAGAAGCUGAAAACAAAAGCAACAAGCAAUGCUUGUCCUGAAGAGCUAGUUCAGCACAUUCCUUCACCAUCAAGCUGUAAUCCAACCACAGUGCAUCAAAAUAAUCCAACAGUUCCAUUCGGGAACAUUUCAAUGCGACAGAAGGCAACAACACAGCAUGCAAGGACCAAUAAUGCGAAAACCAAUCUGCAUGUUGAGGAUGGCAAUGCGAUGCUUGAAUGCAACUCAAAGGGCUGCAAGAGAAUGUUUACAUUGAUAUCCACUCUGACCAGACAUCGUAGGGAAGUCCAUAAGAACGGUAAAUGUAUCCCAUGUGGACGGUGCGACAUGAAGUUUACAAGAACAGAGAAUCUUAAAAGUCAUUUUGAAGAAUGCAUAACUCGAUGGCGACCUGUCUAUUCAAAGGGUGCACUGAGGAGUUUCCUGACAAGCAUGCUAGGAAGACUCAUGAAAAAUCUAACCAGCAUGUUGAUGAUGGAACUAAGAAGAUCAAAUGCCACUUCAAGGGCUGCCCGAGAAAAUAUCCAUCGAUGCAAAAACAAAACUGGCAUUAUACGAUAUCUCAUAAGAGCCCGGGAGUCCAAUAAAGGAGAAGAUAGAGGUAUAGAUGGCCUUAUACCAAUAUGUUGGAGAGGCAGCAUUGUGGUCUGCAGAAGCCUGAAUAUUUUGUUCUUGCGCAGUAUGUUUGCACAUGUUAUAUCAAUGCGGUUGGAAGAAUCCUUACAGUGGUCUUUUGUGUAUAAAUUUCAUGUUUACCAGAAUACCAGUUGUAGGAGUACUUGCAGUAGUUUUUUGUGUACCUACAGGUCAUGAUUAGAGCAUGUGUCCAAUUUCUUCCCUUA